AUGAACUCGCGGGAGAAUGAAUAUGAUUAUUUAUUUAAAGUUGUACUUCUUGGUGACACAAGCGUAGGUAAAAGUAAUUUAGUUUCACGUUUUACGCGCAAUGAAUUCAAUUUGGAAUCGAAAUCAACGAUUGGCGUCGAAUUCGCUACUCGUAGCGUGAAAGUGGAUGGAAUAACGAUUAAAGUUCAAGUAUGGGAUACGGCAGGCCAGGAGUGUUAUAGGGCUCUUACAUCGGCCUAUUAUCGUGGCGCUGUAGGUGCUCUGCUAGUUUACGAUAUAGCCAAACGUAUGACAUAUGAGAAUAUUGAUCGAUGGCUGCAAGCAUUGCGCUAUCAUGUCGAUCGGGAUAUAGUGAUUAUGAUGGUAGGCAAUAAAUCCGAUUUGACUGAUUUACGUUCUGUAACUACAGAUGAGGCGAAACAAUUUGCUGAACUUAAAGGACUCAGUUUCAUUGAAACAUCAGCCCUCGAUUCAACUAAUGUCGACGCUGCAUUCCAAAAUGUGCUCGCAGAAAUUUAUCGCAUUUAUUCUCAAAGGCAAAGACUCGAUCUGCCCGUUGAUCGUAAUCUUUUACAUCCUGAAAAUAGAGAUGCAAUUGAUAUUACACCGACUAUACGCGGCGAUGUACGCAAACAGUGCUGUCAAUAA